GUUUGUUAUCGAUCGUUUGGAAAGUGUAUAGUCGAACAACAUGAGCUUUUUCCUUGUACUACUACUGCUUGUGUUGUCGGCAGUAGUAGGUUUUGGUCCUACCACCGCCACAUCAAAAAGUAAUUAUCCCAUAGCCAAACCCAACUGCGAUGAUCGUUGCGGGGAUGUAAGCAUCCCAUUUCCCUUUGGGUUGACACAAGAUUGUGCUCUAAACCGAGCCUUCAUUAUUAAUUGCACCACUGCUACUUCUAAUGAUGGUUCUCCUAUCGCAUUGUUAGUGGGCGGUAAUGUAGUGGUAAAAAGGAUAUCAGUUGAAGGGCAGUUGAACAUCAAGAGCUACGUGGCUCGACAGUGUUAUGACGAGGGUGUAUACCCUCCCCGACUCAAUUUAUUUUCGUUUAAGUCAUCGGGUGAGUCGUUGAAAUUGUACGUCAACCAGACCGGCAAUAAAUUCGUUGCUGUCGGUUGCGACACUUUCGGUUAUGUUUACGGCUACGGCGAUGACGGUUCCUAUAGAACCGAAGGUUGUGUGGCCACCUGUAACAACACACGAGAAGUUGAAGACGGGAGUUGCAACGGCUUUGGGUGUUGCGAGACCGGGAUUCCUAACGUGGCUAGGAACGUGUACGUUUCGGUGGAUAGCUUGAAUAACUAUAGCUAUACAAGCGGUGUUAUUCGUUGCAACUACGUGUUCGUGGUGCAGAAAGAGGAGUUCAACUUUUCCACCACUUUCCUCACCACCAGAGAUUGGGAUUUGAAGAGGGAAACGCCGCCACUGACGACCCUUCUUGACUGGACCAUACCCAAGCAGGAAUGCCUUACCGGGUGUUUAGGGAAUACCACGUGUGUUCUCGUCAAUGGUACUGUCAAGAGUAGUGAGGGGUACCGUUGCGCUUGUAAGGAGGGUUAUGAAGGCAAUCCUUAUCUCACUGGUUGCCGAGAUAUUGAUGAGUGUGAGGUUGGACAGAAGAACAACUGCUCCAAAAAUUCUAUUUGCACAAAUACUGAAGGUGGUUAUGAGUGCGCUUGUGAGAAAGGUUACGAAGGUAAUCCAUAUCUUCACCCAGGUUGCCUAGAUAUAGAUGAAUGCGAAAAUGGACAGAACAACUGCUCUGAAAACUUCACUUGUAAGAAUAAACCAGGCGGUUUUUCGUGUCAUUGCAAGGAUGGUUACAAUAAUGAUGGGAAAGGUGGCUGCCAAUUACCUAGUAUACAUGCAAACAAUGUGAACAUGAUUGCUUUGGGUGCGGCUUUAGGUGCUGUAAUUCUGCUGAUGGUCAUUUGUUUUUCUCAGUACUUGGCAUAUCGACAAAGGAAAUCAGCACAUAUGAGAGAGAAAUUCUUUAGGGACAAUGGAGGAAUGAUUCUGCAACAAAAGAUUGCUCAAGGUAGUGCAUCUUCUGGCACAACAAGAAUUUUCACAGCCCAGGAGCUUAAAAAAGCCACCAACAACUAUGACCAAACUAGAAUUAUUGGUCAAGGAGGUUUUGGCAUUGUCUAUCGAGGACACCUUCUUGACGGAAGAAUAGUAGCAGUUAAAAAGGCCAAGAUGAUGGACCCAACCCAAGUCGAGCAGUUCAUCAAUGAGGUAAUUGUGCUCUCCCAAAUCAAUCACAGAAACAUUGUCAAACUCUUUGGGUGUUGUUUAGAGACAGAAAUUCCGUUGUUGGUUUACGAGUUCAUAAGCAACGGGACGUUGUUCGAACAUCUAAACAACAAACACAAGGCAUCGACAUUAUCAUGGUCGACCCGUUUAAGAAUAGCAACAGAAACAGCUGAGGUCCUCUCUUAUUUACACUCUGCAGUUUCUCCUCCAAUCAUCCAUAGAGAUGUUAAAUCUGUAAAUAUUCUCCUUGAUGAUGACUACACCGCCAGGGUAUCAGAUUUUGGUGCAUCGGGACUAGUCCCUCAAGACCAAACUCAAUUGACAACAAUGGUGCAAGGAACAUUUGGUUAUCUAGAUCCAGAGUACUUGCAAACCAACCAAUUAACGGAAAAGAGUAAUGUCUAUAGUUUUGGAGUUGUCCUUGCAGAGUUGCUUACGAGUAGAAGGGCUGUAUCUUUUGACGGCCACGAGGAAGAGAGACUUCUAUCCCAGUAUUUCCUUUCAUUGUUGAAAGAGAAUCAGUUGUUCAAAAUUCUUGAUGGCAACAUUAUAUGUGAGGGAAACACUGAAGAGCUUCAAGAGGCUGCCUUGCUUGCGAAAAGGUGUUUAAAUGUGAAGGGAGAGGAUAGGCCAACAAUGAAGGAAGUUGCUAUGGAACUAAGUGGAUUGAGGAGAGCAGCAAUACAACCAUGGACCAAUAAUCCAGAGGCUUCUAUGGGCCAAUAAUCCAGAGACUUAUAUGGAAUCAGAGGCUCUACUUACGUUAUUAAAGUGACAGUUUUUCCUCCUGAAAUGUUAAAUUGACAUUGUUACCCUUAAAAAUAAUUAUUUCAUUUA